AUGCCUAAUUGGACUCCAAGAACCUUUGGUGGGCAUCCCUACCUGACGUUUAGUUCACUUCCCGGUCCGUAUCUAUCGGAGGUCGUGAGGAUGGUCAGGGGGGUACAACUAGACCCUGAAACCCGCGGCGGUGCUUCUGACUUGCCACACCCCGCGAUACGCCAUUUGGUCGGGUCUCUUGUCCUCGACGAGGAGUUUUCCAAGACCACGUCGGGUCAAUAUCGUGUUUACCGGCCGUUACCUGAACAGGUCAUCUUCUUACAGUCGGACAAAGAUGUCAGAGUAUGGCUCAAUGCUUGUAAAGUUGCACCGCGACUGAGACUAUUGGUGGUUUAUAAUGAGCGCGAUAAAAACGCCAGGCAGACUCCACCGCCGCUGUCAUUCCCCUACUUUCACGUUGACUGGGAGGUGCUGAUGGACAAUCAGUUGCGGAUUGACCGGAGAGCGUCGGGCAUCAAGGCCGAGGAGACAGGAACUCGUUGGGGGAAACCGACGAAGAGGAAGAGAAGUGAGAUUGUGGAGGUGAGCGACGACGACGACGACGACGACGCUGACGACGACGCCGACGACGACGCCGACGACGACAACGAAGGCGAGGGUGAAGGUGGAGGGUCGAGUUCCCGUAAAAAGCCCAGAGGAGAGAACGCCGGAGAGGGCAGCUCGAGCAAGGCGGGCCCGAAAGGCAAGGCAGGGGGUAGCUCGAGCAAGGCGGCCCAGAAAGACGACGAUGACGUCGACGACGAGGAAGAAGAAGAGGAGGAGGACGAGGAAGAAGAGGAGGAAGAAGAGGAGGAGGAGGCCCCAAGGAGAAAGAAGACAAAGACACCCGGGCUCAAGACGCCGGCCAAGACGCCGCCAUCAAAGACACCCGGGCCCAAGACGCCGGCCAAGACGCCGCCAUCAAAGACACCCGGCCCGAAGACCCCGGCCAAAACACCUGCUCAGACUACUGCUGCCGAGCGAGGAGGGAAAAGGUCGAGAGCACACCAUCUAUUCGAUGAGCCUGCUGAGAGCCCGCCCUAUGAGGGUGAGCAGGAGGAAGAGCAAGGGGACUUAAUACCAGAGUACGAAAGCCGGGCCACUGGUUCACAAGCUGACAGCGCUCUGGAGUCUGAAAGAACUACGCAAGAUGAGAUGCCCGGCGAAGAGCCUGCCGGGGAAGGUAGUUACGUUGAUGGUGGCCCUGAUGGGGGUAUUCCUCCCGGCGGGCGCGGGGACGAGUCAAUCGAUAUGGAAGUGGGUUACCUUACCGAUGCAUCGACCAGUUCGAUUGAAGAGGCUAAGCUCCAAACAAUUCCCCGUCUUCCCCA